AUGUACAGUGCCUUGAUGUUCCAGACUGUGCUGCCCACUGCAAAACCAUUGGCUAUGAGACAGGGAAAUGCAUUCCAUCUCCAAAAGGAUGGUGCUGUUGCUCCUGAAAUGAUGAACAAGAUGGCUGCUGCACGAGGGUUGGUACUGUCACGUCCUGUUACUUUUGUGACUGGCAAUGCCAAAAAGCUUGAAGAAGUUCGUGCUAUCUUGGGGAAUUCCAUUCCUUUUCAGUCCCUCAAACUUGAUUUGCCUGAGUUGCAAGGAGAGCCUGAAGAUAUCUCCAAAGAGAAGGCUCGAAUGGCUGCUCUUCAGGUGAAUGGACCUGUGUUGGUUGAAGACACUUGCCUCUGCUUCAAUGCCUUGAAGGGUCUUCCAGGGCCUUACAUGAAAGAACAAGAAGCAUAUGGUUUCUUCAAAUUGGCUGAAACUAUGAUAUUGGUUGCUCAAUUAGGAAAAUCCUUAGGAGUUAAGGUUGCUUCUAAAUUUUGGUAUUGUAAACUGAGGUUGACUACUAGGACAAGGGGUCAAGUGGGCAGCAAAUGGUUUCUGCAGAAGAUUGGCCAUGAAGGUCUCAACAAUUUGCUGAAGGCAUAUGAUGAUAAAUCAGCCUUUGCCUUGUGUGUAUUUUCCUUUGCAGCAGGUCCAGAUAGUGAACCUAUCACAUUUUCUGGAAAAACUCCGGGGAAGAUUGUUCCUCCAAGAGGGCCAAAUGAUUUUGGAUGGGAUCCUAUUUUUGAACCUGAAGGCUAUGACCAAACGUAUGCAGAAAUGGCCAAAGAAGAAAAGAAUAAAAUUUCUCACCGCUCCAAAUCUCUUGCAUUGGUCAAAUCUCAUUUUGCUGAAGCUGGAUAUACUUUUGAGUUUUGA